CGGGAACCGACGACUCCGUUGCCGCGAGCUCGGCCUCCGGAGGUUGGAAGUCGCCGAUGAGGUCGUAAGGAGGUGGGCAUCUCGGGGCGCGGCCGUCGAGGACAGCCACGGCGUGUCCUACUCGGCUGGUCUUUCAGCGGCGGUCAAGGACCUCAUCUCCCUCGGCUCAGGUGGCUGCCUCCAUGCCUUACAGGCUGCCAUUGUACACCUUGAGGACGACUUCCACCAAGUUCUUAGUUCGGGCACAUAUUUACACCCCCCUAGCAGUCUCCAAGAAUCACUGCACGAGUGCAUUGCCCCCUUUAUGCGAUCCUUCUCAUUUUCAUCAAUCCCCAACUUGGAAGAUCUCAGCUUCUCCUCAUUUUCCACAAGUCCUAAUGGUGAGAGCCGAAGUUAUGGUACUGGAUAUAGCAGAGGUCUUGUGUGGAUGGAGAAAGUACACAUGUAUCUGAUUGACCCUGAAGCUUCAAUCUUGCUAAAGGAGAUUGCUGAGCUUAUGAUCCUUGCUGGCCAUGCACCAAACAUGUGUCGCGCUUACGGAGAAACACGCCACAACAUGUUAAUGCGAUGCCUUUCUCUGCUCGAUGUUCAGAUUGAGCAAAAAAGCUACGACAACCCAGCAGCAGCAACUGCUAACGGUGCAUGCAGCAUGCAGCUUUAUGAGAAGAAUCAGAAAAUGUGGAUCCAAGCACUCAAAGUCUUUGUCAGCACAAUCCUCCCUGAAGAACGCAAUUCUUGCGCUCAGAUAUUCGGAUGUGAUCGUAAGGUGGAGGAAGAUUGUUUUGCCAGAGCCACCACACGGUGUACUGGAGAAUUACUCACAUUUGGAAGUAUGAUGGCCAAUGUCAAAGUGAAUGACCAGCAACAUCAUAAAGUGCCCCUGCUUCUACAGAUGCAUGAAGAAUUGUUAAAGCUUCAACCAACUAUAAAUAACCUCAUGUCUGGUGAGGCCAAGGGUGUGAUUAGUGAGCAGGCCAGUAUGCUUCUCGAUAAGCUUGGGAAAGAAGCAUCAAGUCUCCUUCUGGAGUUUCUGAAUGUAUGUUCUAACCUCAAACCAUGGCAAAAUACAGUACUUGAUGGAGAUAUCCUGCCAUUGACACAACAUGUCGUGGGUUUUGUUGAACAACUUAAUGAGUACAGUGACAUGAUCGAUCUUAUAUUAUUACUCACUGUGGAGAAGGAGGACAAAGAGAUAACUAAGAGUCCUUGGGAACGCUAUGUGCUCAUGCUGCUCGCACGUUUGCAGGUGAAGGUUGAGGAGAAAGCUGAAUCUUACAAGGAUGAGCGCCUGAGGUACAUUUUCCUGAUGAAUAAUGCAAUGCAUGUGCUUAAAGGCUCAGGGUCUUCCGAUCUGAGUAUGUCCAUGUGGGAUGAUCAGAACCGCCAACAAUUUGUCAUAAGAGUGGAACAGUAUGCAACAGCUUACCUUCGAGCAUCAUGGACUGGAGCUUUGUUUCAGUUGAGUGAUCAAGCUGUGCCAAGAGAGUUACCAUAUGAGAUACGAAGUACUAACUCGGUGAAAAAAAGCAUGAAGAAAUUCAAUUCGGCACUCGGGGAAAUAAGCAGGGUCCAAACGACAUGGAAAGUGCCCAACCCUCAACUUAGACAACACUUACGGUUAGUUAUAUUGCAGCAUGUCUUCCCCGCUUACCGCGCACAUUUACGAAGGCCAAGGCCGGGCUUCCAUAUGGAGAAGCACGUAAAGUACACUCUUGACGACAUAGAGAAUCAUGUUUUAGACUUGUUUGAAGGUUAACAAGGAUCCGCGGUAAGUAGCAGACACACAAAUGGAGCAGGGUGGUCAAUGA